AUGUCAAAAGUCGACUUCCUCCUCGAGCUCCCUAUAGACAUCUCCUCUGCCUCCCUCCAUCCUGCUCGCUACCAGCCUCUCGAGAGCUUGCUUAUCGCUGCUGAGAUGCACAAGGACUCCUCCCAGCAGCUCAUGGACGGCGCUCAGCACAACGCUGCUGCCUCCUGCUCCCAGCGCUCCUCCUCCUGCAUGCUGCAAGCCUCCCCAGUACCUCCCGGGCUUGCUUCCAUGUCGGGCGUCCAGUACAAGCAGGAGAUCCUCCCGACUCUGGAGCACUUGGUCCGGAGCUCCAACCUGAUGAUGAUGCUUGACCCCUCCCGGUCCUCCGGCAACGCUUCUGCUCUCCCCUCCCUCCCCCUCCUCCCCCGAGACAGGAGCCUUCUGGAUCUUCACGCCUACCCUCAUGCUUCCCCCGUCUUGUCGGAGACGCCCGCCGCGUCUGUUGUGCGUCCUCUUGCCCAGCUAGCGACCUGCUCAGUGGUUCUGAGCAACUCGUUGGAGCUUGCGCAGCAGCGGGCCCUUCUGCAGCAGCUCCUGAGCCAGACCCUGAGCAUGAACGCUGCCGCCAACAGCAUGCUCAAGGAGAGGAAAGACCCGCAGCAUGGCAGCCUGCUGGAGAAGCGGAGGGCGAGCGAGGAGGAAGGCAUCGACUACGCGCAGUGCCUCAAGAAGUCGAGGGUGGAGCAGGAGUCUUGCAUGCACUCCCUGCAGCAGGCUCUGAGGAAGGAGCUCGGAGCUGCUUCUUCGCAGCCUGCUCUCCUCAAGGCCGAGCAUCGGUUUGUGUCGCGCAAGCGCCUGGGGAUCGUGCAUGACCGACGGGGGAGGCUGAGGGAGGUGGAGGACUUGUUCCUCGACUGCCCGCUCAUGCGCCCCUACAUCGAGAUGGGAUACAGCGCUCAGUCUGUCCUCGCAGCCUUCGCAGACGCCCGCGGGCCGCUGCUGAUGGCGAUCAAGGAGGUGGCGACCGCCUGCCAGGGCUGUGCUGGUAGCUGGGGAACGAAGGAGGCGCAAGGGAACAUCCUGGCGUCGAUCGAGGCUCGCAAGAUCCGGCAGACGGAUACUUGGAUGAGCAUAGAGCUGGAUGCUGAGAGCGGGAAGAGGAAAGAGAUCAUGUUUGGAUCCCGGCUGGCGGAGCUUCUUGGGGUGACGACUGAAGAGCUCAUGUGCAGCGAGAUCGACUUCAUCUGCUACCUCGUCGACGAUAUGCUGUCAAGACGUCAGGCCAUUACAACUCACCUCCUGGUGCACUCGAGGGGCUCAAACUGGAUGAAGCCGGUGAAGGACUCGGAAGAGAGCGGUAACACUCUAGAGAAGAUGCUCUCCAUCACUCACAUCAGGGAGCACGAUACCCUGGGACGUCUCGUGCGUUUGACAACCUUCUACACGCAUGCGACUGAGGAUCAGUACAACGCUGCCAUCUCGCGCAGUCUCCCUCCUCUUACGCUCCACUUGAGAGAACAAGCAGGGUUCAAAAACCUUCUGUGGAGGCAGAAGAUCGCCAUGCAGUGCGUGGGAAGGAUCUUGCACAUCAAGAAAUCGCCUGAGGGCAGGGCGAAGCUUCUCGCACUCUCACAGUCUAUCACUGAGCGUCUCAACACCCUCAAGGAGUCCAGAAGCUUCUAG